AUGAUCUUAUAUGCAUUCAAGAUGCCAAACAGUGAUGUGAUUGUUCUUUUAGUAAGAUUGUUGUUUGUUGAAGUUUGUGAUUGUGCGCCACCUAAGAACCCAAUUAUUGAUGUAGUUAAAGUUCUGAAGGAUGGAGAUCUGCAAACGAUUGGCAUGCUGGAUUACAAUAAAAGGUUGCAACAUUUCUUCACUUCUCACCUAAAAGUUGACUCUGUAACUGGGGAGAAGUUUACUUUUGGCUGCUUAUAGACACCACCUUACGCUACGUAUAGAGUCAUUUCCAAGGAUGGUGUCAUGAAAGAUCCAGUUCCAAUAACAAUACCAGCAUCUGUUAUGAUGCACGACUUUACUAUUACUGAAAAAUAUGCAAUUAUGAUGGAUCUUCUAUUGUACUUCAGACCAAAGGAAAUAGUGAAAAACAAACAGCUGGCAUACAUCUUUGGCCCCACAAAGAAGGCUCGCUUUGGAGUUCUUCCAUGCUACGCAAAAAAUGAAUCCUUAAUCACGUGGUUCGAGCUGCCUAGCUGCUUCAUAUUCCAUAAUGCGAAUGCUUGGGAGGAGGAAGAUGAUGUGGUCUUGAUAACUUGCCGUCUGCAAAAUCCAGAUCUAGACGCGAUUAAUGGAACUGAAAAAGAACAACAACGUGAUGAUUUCACAAAUGAGCUGUAGGAAAACUCUAACCUGAUGAUCUUAUUUGACUUUCAGAUCUUCCAAUUAUCUUGAUUCUACUUGUAAAUAUCAAAUUGAAAAGUAUAAUUAAUCUUGUGGUCUGAAACUCAAGGACGCGAAGGCUGUAGUGCAGAAAACAAAUUAUAGUUUUUCUUUUCGAAUAUUCUGGCCUUGCACUUUUUAAAUUAUUGUGCACAUCUAAAUAGAGCCACUUUUGUACAAUGAUAUGCAAACAUGCCCGUGCUCACCGGCAAUCUAGUAAUCUAAAUAUAUAUAUAAAGGAAGAUUAUGAGCAAGGUGAUGUGACAUGCUUCAU